UAUGAUAUUAAGGCGAAAUCUAAGGCUACAAGGGACUCAGAAAUGAUGCAAACAAAUAAUUCAGCCCUUUAAUAGACCAAAAUAUAUCUUUCAUAACUCUAGAAGAGCUUUCGGAAUUGUUGAUAAAAAGGAGAGCCCACAUCUAGGUCAAUCCUUAGAACCAGGGAAGAGGAAUAUUGAUUUUCCUCUGAAUCUGGGAUACAAUGACCAUUACAAAAUACUUUCUGGAGGAAAAUUGUCUUUAUGGAGUAGACUGAAAUUCCUGAUAUUCAAAAAUAGUUAUAAUAAUCAAUUCAGGAACAAGUAUAAUGACCUUCUUAGCUCGAUUUACCUAACCCAGUACCAUAGCUUGGAGCAGAUCAUGGCUGCAAACUUACUCAAGAAGUUAGCAGCAGAUAUUUAUGAGAAAAUAAAAAUCCAAAACUGAGAUUUUGAGAUUCUUAACGAAAAAGCAAAGGUUGAUGUCAGGAUCAUCAACUACUCCCAGAUCACGAUCCCAGAGCUAUCAGAGGAUGAAGAGAUAGGGGAGUAUGCCCUUGUUAGAGAUGGAAACAACAAGUGGAAAUUUGGGCGUAGAAAUGAUUCCGAUAAUGACCUUGUCGAACUCAACCUCCGUCUCAAGGCAAAACAGCAUUAUAUGAUCUCUCCUGAAGUUGCAAUCAAGAAUGCUGAAAUGGGGGCUGAACCAAUCCUAGUCACUAAGGAGGUGCUGAACGAUAGCCUUCUGUCCUCAAUAGAGUCAAAGGAGCGUGAAAGAGCAAAGAAAUUAAAAACAGCUGCUUCUACAAUUCAUAAGUCUAUCGUUGAAAAUGCUAGGAAAGAGUACAGUCUUUUACGAAAGUGUAUGCCUCACAAACUUCUUAAAAGCAAGGAGUUCUUUGACCAGCAAUAUGAAAAGAUGAAGAACCAGAAAAUUGACGUCUCAAAUAAAGGAGAUGAGUCACUGGAUGACCUUCUACAGAAAAACAGAGCAAGCAUGAAUUAUGAGAAGUAUAUAUCGAUGGAUGAAUUCCUGAAAGGUGAACUCCAGCUCAUCGACACGUACAAAUUCUGCAAGUUUUUCAUGACAAAAUAUUAUAAGAACUAUAUACAGCUUCCAAAGGAAGCUGUAGAAAGGAUCAAGGAAGAUAUUGACUACAAAGGAAAAUACGUGCAUGAUUUCUCAGUCAAUCAACUUUCGUCAUCCCUCGAAGAAGCAGUGAAGGUCUCAGGGAGAAAUAAAUUCUUCAACCGUAUUAGAGACUUGUUCUUCAGGAAGCGGAAAGAUGGCAACCAUGUUAUAGAAGUCUUUGAUGUAAUAUUUUACAGUAAGAAAAGACUUGAAAUUUUGAAUUCACAAAAGGAAUCAUACUUACUUAAGGAUGCGGGAUAUGAGGGCAAGAUCGAGAAGAUACUCAAGCAGGAUGAUUUAAAACCACAAAGCUCAGUUGAGGAUCAGAAAGAGAAUUAUGUUGUCAAGGAUCCCAGAAUCGUUGAUGUGAGAAAUCCAGACUAUCUUCAAGUUCAUCAUUUGAGAUUUGAGAAAGGAAAUAAAAAAAUUGAAGGAAGUCAGAAUAAGUACAUCAUCACUGACAUUGAUUUAUGGAUGGAGGGAAAUAUUAGCGCAAAGAGAUAUCUGUAG